AAAUUAGAUGGCCUUCAUCUGCUCGGGAUUAAAGAAGAAAUUCUUCAUGAAGGGAGCGCCAGUCUUUACCAAAGGGACCCAGAACUCCUUCACAUUAAAGAAGAACCAGUCUGGACCACUGAAGAGACAAAGCAGGCUGAUGGACUAGAGGAGGAAAUCACCACCUACCAAAUGACCACACUUCAUGUAAAGACUGAAGAAGAUGAAGAGAAAUAUCCGUCCCCACAACUUCAGAAGCAAACUGAAGAAAACACAGCAGCAGAUCUUCCAAACAGCAGCUCAGCUGAACAGAUUAAAGAACAAGCCAGAAACCCAAGUCAAAAUACUAGUGGAACAAGUUCUGGAUCAUCUGAAACUGAGGUCAGUGAGGAUGAAGAUGCCAGUUAUGAUGAUUAUCAUAAGUCUUUGUCAGAUUCUGGAUCUGAAAUCGGAGACAGGGGCAGUGGUUGUCAGAUGAGCAAGGCACCAACGGCAAGUGAAAAAAGCGAUAUAACAUGUAAUGCUGUCAAAAUAGUCUUCAGCUGCUUUGAAUGUGGAAAAGAAUUUCUUUCUAAGUGGUCUCUCCAAAGACACAUGAGAAGUCAUCCAGUAAACAGGUCAUCCAGGUGUCUGACAAAGAAUGAGUGUUUGAAAGUGAGUCAAAAAUUAGAUCCAAAGAUGAGAGCCCACACAGGAGAGAAGCCAUUUGGUUGUGAUGUUUGUGGUAAAAGGUUUACAAAGCAUUUUCAUCUUAAACAACACAUGAGAGUCCACACAGGAGAGAAGCCAUUUGGUUGUGAUGUUUGUGGUAAAAGGUUUACAAUACAUUGUAAUCUUAAACGACACAUGAGAGUCCACACAGGAGAGAAGCCAUUUGGUUGUGAAGUUUGUGGUAAAAGGUUUACAAUACAUUGUAAUCUUAAAACACACAAGAGAGUCCACACAGGAGAGAAGCCAUUUGGUUGUAAUGUUUGUGGUAAAAGGUAUAAGCAGCAUAGCCAUCUUAAAGAACACUUGAGAGUCCACACAGGAGAGAAGCCAUUUGGUUGUGAUGUUUGUGGUAAAAGGUUUACAAUACAUUGUAAUCUUAAAACACACAAGAGAGUCCACACAGGAGAGAAACCAUUUGUCUGUGAACCUCUGGGUUAAGAUUUUGAUAUGUCAUUGGUCUUCAGACAUGCAUAAAACUUCACACAGAAUAAGAAGUGCAUAUUUACAGAUAGACGUGAAAGAUUAGCUGUAUUUAUUGAGCAAAA